AUGUUCGCCGGCCCGCCGGCGCACCGGGCAUGUGCGGACUGUGCCCUGGAGGUCGCCCUUCUCCACUAUGAGGAGCUGGGCGCCGAGCUGGACGCCGCCCAAGGGUCCGCGGGCGCGCUGGGCGGCGGGGACCUGGCCGUGCUGGUCCAGAGGUCGGAGAGCCGCCCCCGGGUCCUGUGGCACCUUUGCGCCCUGCUCGACUCGUCGGGGGCCUCCGUGCCGACCACCGGCGCUGCCUGGUGCCGCACCCACGCCGCGCUGCGCCUGCUCCAAGAGCUCGCCCUCUCGCCCGCCAGCGCUGCGGAGGCGCUCGCCGCGGAGCCGCGGCUGCCGCAGUGGCUCGACGAGGCCUGCCUCUUCGAGCACCGCGAGGACGCCCGCGCCACUGCGGCGGUGCGCGGCAGAGCCUCGGCGCUCCGCGCCGCGCUGCGCGGCGCCGCUCCCCAGCGGGGCGCGCGCCUGGCGUCCACGGACGCGCUGGUGGCGGGGAUGGUGCGCGUGCACCGGGACGACGCCUCCACGGAGUCUGGUUCAUCCGGCCCGGAGCAGGGCGCCCAUGCGCGGCGCCAUACGCCCGCAAACAAAUACACUGUAUACGUGCUGUGCUACAUCUACAGCGCUCUGAUCAUCAAGUACCCCCUGCACCUGAACAGCAAUGCUGACCUGCACAAGCUCCCCCAGUACUUCCUCAUCCACCCGAACUACAAAGUCACAACGAACGAGCCGCCUCCAAUGCACCGCUUCGACAGAGUCAAGGAAUACCGCAAUAACUGCACAUCCGACACCGGCUAUCUCAUCGCAGCCAUCCAGCGGCACGCCAACGACGACUACGACUUCGAAGACGUCGUCACCAAGAUCCGCCUACAGAAGUCCAUGCUGCUAUAG